AUGGAUUACAUUCCCAACAGGCACGCUGUCAGCUUCGUCCGGCCACUCACUCGGCUGAGAAUCGGCAAACAGAGAUCUUUCUUCGCCGGCACCUAUAAAAUCUGUAAACUGGCCGCCAACGUGCCUGACCUGGUGGUGUACGAGGGGGUGGACCGGCCUAUCCCUGAUGUGGAACACUUCCACGGCGUCCUCCUCUUCGCCGACAUUUCAGGGUUCACCAGCCUCACUGAGACGUACACGAAGAACAGCAAGAAAGGCAGUGGAGCCGACCACUUGACCAGGACUCUCAACGGCUACAUCACAGACAUCGUGGAUCAUAUUCUUCGAGCAGGGGGAGAUAUUGUGAACUAUGCAGGUGAUGCAAUGCUGGCACUAUGGAGAGAAACCAGGAAAGCACUGAGUGAGAUACUCACCUUGGCUGUAAAAUGUAGUCUAAAUAUCCAAGACAAAUGUGACAAUAGGGAAACUGAAGUGGGAGUGAAACUCAGAGUAAAAAUAGGUAUUUCGGCAGGGAAGCUUUCCAAAGUGGUAAUGGGAGAUGAGGAUUCUCGUUAUUAUGCAUUAAUAGGUCGAGCAAUAGAUGAAGUCCGGAAAGCUGAAGGACUUGCUUCAGCCAAUACUGUUAUUUUAUCCCCAAAUGCAUGGGAACUGUGUGACAGAGACAAUCUAGUUGUUGAAAAGAUAGAAAAUGAAAGAGCUGUAAGGGUGCGAUACAUUAAGAGAGACCCUCACUUUUCAGUUGAAGAGUAUAUCAGAAAUUGUGGAACUCAUUUGGAAUUUCAAGAAGUUGGUGUUAGUAAAAAGGCAAUAAGGAAAACAUCAAGAUUAUUGCCAAAUGCACAACUUGAAUCAGUCCUCCGUAAAUAUCUCCUGAAAACAGUUUUACUAAAGAUUGAUGAUGCAGUACCUUUGGAUUAUUUGUCUGAAAUGCGACCAGCGACAGUGGUGUUUGUGAAUCUGCAGUUUGUGGAGAAUGCAACUAUGUAUCAUCAAUGCCAAUCCAUUCAGGCUUGUUGUAUUGGAAUUAACAAUGAAUUCAGAAAUUAUCAGGGAAGAAUAAAUAAGGUCUUUAUGUUUGACAAAGGAUGUACAUUUCUUUGUGCUUUUGGUCUUCCUGGUGACAAAGGAGAAGAUGAAUGUGGAAAUGCCUUACAGUGUGCACACAAUGUUCAUGAAUUCUGUAAUAAACUAAGAUAUGUCAGUGUAGCAUCUAUUGGUGUAGCAAGUGGCCCUUUAUUCUGUGGAGUGGUUGGGCAUCCACUACGUCAUGAAUAUACAGUUAUAGGUCGGAAAGUAAAUUUGGCAGCACGACUGAUGAUGACUUAUCCCGGCGUGGUUUCCUGUGAUGAAGAAACACAUUAUCAUGCCAAGAUGCCAUCUUCCUAUUUUAUUGAACUUCCUAAGCGAGCUAUGAAAGGUGUGGCAAACCCAGGUACUAUUUACCAGUACCUGUCCAAAAAACAUCAGAAAAUACUUGGAAAACCUCGAAUUUCUGUUGAAAUAGAAGAAGAUUAUCCUCUUUUAGGCCGAGAAAAAGAGAUGAGGAUUUUCCACAAAGCCCUGAGAAAGUUUGUUGCAGCAAAGGCCAAUCAGUCUGUUGAUUGUUGCCAGGUGAUCAUGUAUGAGGGGACAGUUGGGUAUGGAAAAAGCAGACUUCUAGCUGAAAUCAUCAGUACUUCACAAGCAGAAGAAAUGAGGGUGUUACCAUUUGAAUUGGGGAAAAUGGACAUCACGGAGCCCUAUUAUACUAUUCAAACCAUGAUGGCUCUGCUGCUGCAGGUGAACCACUGUAAAAGUUAUGCAGAGCGAGAAAGAGUUUUACUUAGCAAGAUAACAAAGCCGGAGUUGGUGGAAGAUUUAUGUCUCUUAAAUGAGCUGCUCUUUGUAAAGUUUCCAAUUUCUGAAAGAGUCUCCCUCAUGGACAGUAGGGCCAAGCACAGGGCAUUUCGAAAUUACGUGAUUGCAGUAAUCAAACAGAAUGUUACAAAUGAUACAGUACUGCUGGUCAUUGACCAAGUUCAAUAUAUUGAUACACCAUCAUGGGAACUUAUUUUGCAAAUGCGUGCAAGCCUUCCUUUGUUUAUGGUAAUGGCACUGAGGCCAUUCACAGUAGAAAAACCACCAUGUCAAGCUGCAAUAAUGGUAAUGAGGAGCCAGAGGACUUCAUAUGUAAAACUUUCAGGCUUAGAUCCAAGUAUAAUCCGUCCACUAGCCUGCCAAAUACUGGGGGUCAUAAGUAUUCCACGAGAGCUGGAGAUGUUGCUGAUGGAACGUAGCUAUGGUGUGCCAUACUACUGUGAAGAAAUACUCAGAAGUCUCUAUUACAGCGAUCUCAUAAUUUUGGAACCAUUAGCGGAGGAAGAGGAAGAUGAGAGUGAUGCUGUACUUUCUUACACCAGAAAUAAGAUAUUUCUGCCACGUGAAUCAACAAUCCUCCCGUCUGGCGAUUCAAAUUUGCAGAGAAGGGGAACGAGAAAUAAAAGCAAAUUACUAAAUAUUGGUGGAACGGAGAUGCAAAAAUGUCGAAAAGUGACAGCACUGGAUCAAAAUGCAAAGUAUAACAAUCAACAGUUUAUAUGCACUCUUGGAGAAACAGUAAAUCUACAGGAAAUUACCAUUCCACUGACACUUAAAGGUAUAGCAUUAGCUCAACUUGACAGAAUGAACACAACAGAGCAGGUGGUUGUUAAGUGUGCAUCUAUCAUUGGACACACUUUCACCACUAAAAUGCUUCGAUACAUCUUACCUGAAGGUGCUGAACAAAAAUUGAAUCAAUCGCUUAUAUCUUUAGUAAAAUCACGUACAUUUGAAUGUGCAUCAAGGAGUGACAAUGGUUUUAGUGCACCAAUGGAAGAAAGUGAGGAAACCCAUCUCCUCCAGUGUUUUUGUACCCACAGUGGAGAUUCUGAUGACCAUUUACAUGAAGAGGAUGAUGAAAGAGGUAAGCUUUUGGAGAAUUAUAAUUGUUACUUUCCAUUUAUAAAGCUCUUUUCAGAUUCACGAGACAAGGCUGUUGUCUGGAGGUGCAAAGUAAUGCGAUUCUGCAUUGCCCUUGUGCAUGAAACCGCUAACGAUCUGUGGCUAAAAGAGCAGAAAAGGUCACUUCACUUAAAGUGCACAAAGAUUUUUUGGAGAAUGCAGCUCGCAAAUGCCACAGCUGUGGAGAGGGUGACUUUAUUUAUGAGCACCGAUCUAUGUGAUGAUUCCGAGUUUAUUGAAAAGAUAGAUAACUUGCUCAAAGAUUGUGAAAGAAACACAAACCUAUACGCCAAUAAUUGUGAUUGUAAACCAAUAUUGGAUUCUGUUUAUUGUCCUCUUGUUCGCCACUGGAUGGGAACUGGAAAUGUGGCUAAGACAUUUUUCUACCUGCUUGAAACUACUGCAGCUGCUUUGCAAGUAUCUAAUAACUUGAUGGCUCUGUCUUACCUAACUCAAGCAGAAAAUAUGCUUAGUCUAUUGCAUAAAGGCAAACAACCUUUUGAAUAUGCUGAUACCACAAAGAAUGUUAAGAUUUUUUCCUUUGAACGAGCCUGUGUAUUUAUUCUCAAAGGAGAGGUACAAUUUAAGACUGGUCAUUUGGAUGAAGCUGAGAAUCUUUUCAAGAAAGGCUUAUUGCUACUCAACAAGAAGUUUCCAAAUUUCCCUCUGACACAGUUAAUUGCAAAUCAUCGGUGUGUGGAUAUUAAGGUAUGCGGGAUUAGUCAAGAAAGUGGCGCUGAGAUAAUUUCUGCCUAUAUAGAUGCUUUCCGCUGUUAUCAGUUCAUGGGUUUAAGAGAGAAAAGCACAAAAAUGGAAAUGAUGGCUCUACAGAAGUGUUUUGCUCUUAACAAAAAUCAGGAUGGAGUACUGAUAAUUGGUCGUUUAGUAUGUGCACUUUCAGAAAUAAAGCUCUGCAUUGGACAACUUGCUGAAUCUAUUGAAUAUGGACGCCAGGCACAUAAAAUUGCUGGACUAUUAAAUAAACCCAAUUUGGAUGUCUUCAUAAUUCCUAUUCUGACUAAAGCCUUGCUUCUUACUGGCAGACUCACAGAGUAUGUUGACCUAAUGACAUUUUUGAGAGACUUCUCGGUCUCACGACACAACAUACUUGGACAGGCUUCAUACUAUGCAGCUUGCCUUGAUUUUUCGCUCCAAGAAGGUUUUGCACUAAGGCCAUUUGAAGAAUGUCUGUCUUUUGUCAAUGGAGUGGUCGAUGAUCCCAUAAUAAAAUCUGAAAAGAAUAUAAUGCUGACACUUCACUCAUCAGUUGCACUCUGGUUUUUCAGGUUGUCACAAUGGACCAGGGCUAUUCCUUCAUUUAAAAUUGCAAAACGAUUGGUGACUCACACAAAUGCUUCACUAUUCUCAAUGUACGGCUAUGCCAAGUUUUUGGAGUGUCAGAUUUUGGUGUUUAGAAAGGCAUUGCGGGAAAGGCAAGAAACUGUCAUGGAAGUCUACCAGCAAACGAAAGAGGAGACAUGGUUUACUGAAGAAGAGGAUGAACAGCCUGAAAACGUAUGGUUGACCUCAGCUGAAAACAUGCCAACCUGGGAAGAAGUAGCAGCAAAUGUAACUCAAAACCCCUAG